GACAGAAGUGACAUAUGUCUUAAAUGAAUGUCUUGUGUAUACAAUAAUGAUAACUUCAUUGUGACAGUGACAAAUAAAAGUGUAUUUUGUUAUUUCUAAAUCAUAUUUAGUUGCUUUUUGUAUAAACCAUUUUCAAUGUUGUUUGGAUAAGUGUAGUGAACUAGUUAUUUGAAUGACAAUCAAAAUUAAAUAUUCUAUUUACGGAAUGAAACAGUAAUUACAAAAUGGCAGGAAUGUCACCAUCUGAGAAGAGAUUGCAAAAAGAAUUGAUGUCUCUGAUUAAAGAACCCCCUCCAGGAGUAUCAGUGGAUUCUAAUAUAGCGGAACAGAAUUUAUUGCACUGGAUCAUAAAUAUGGAAGGAGCAGCAGGAACCUUAUAUGAGGGAGAACAUUUCCAGCUUCAGUUUAAAUUUAGUAAAAAAUAUCCUUUUGAUUCCCCUGAGGUAACAUUCGUAGGAACAAACAUUCCAGUUCAUCCCCAUGUAUAUAGUAACGGCCACAUAUGCCUAUCGAUUUUAACCGAUGAUUGGUCCCCUGCAUUAUCAGUCCAAUCGGUUUGCCUUUCAAUAGUUUCUAUGUUAAGUAGCUGUAAAGAAAAACAACGACCACCCGACAAUGCUUUUUAUGUUAAAACUUGCCACAAGAAUCCUAAGAAAACGAAAUGGUGGUACCACGACGAUUCUGUAUAAAAAAAUAUACAAUGUGGAUGAAACUUAAAAUUAUGUGAUUAUAUUGUUUUAUUUUUUAUUGAUAGAGUUGAAAGUUUAAUUUAAUAAUAGAUUUUUGGAAGUAUCGAAAAUCUCAUGUGUUUUUUACAAUAAAUACAUUGAUUUGUCUAGUGCCUGUCUCAUGAAUAAAUUUUAAUAUGUCAUAUAUUAGAUGUUUAAUCUGUUGCUAAUAAACACGAAAACUCAUAA